GAGCCGCGCUCUAAGAAAAAAGAGACUAAAAUAUUAAUGCUCGCCGAAAUUAUCUCGCCGAGAUGGAAACCAAGAAAGAGGGACCGGGAUCACUUCAAAUGCUCUUUCGAGCUUAUUUGAGAUUUUUAAAGGAGAAGCCUAUCAUUACAAAAUCGCUUACAAGUGGUUUAAUUGCUGGUAUUGGAGAUGUCAUUGCACAGAGGAUAGUGGAUCCUUCAGCACCUUACACAGUCAGGUCAACAGCAGCAUUUGCAGUUCUUGGGACCUUCUUCACUGGGCCCCUCUCUCACUACUUCUAUGCAUGGCUGCAGAAGACAUUCCCAGGCAAAGAUGUACCAACAUCCAUCAAGAAAAUCUUAUGCGACCGUCUUGUGUUUGCCCCGCCCUACCUCUUGGCCUUCUUCUACCUUCUAGGAAUAAUUGAGGGUAAAGGUCAUGCUCUGUCUGUAGAGAAGAUCAGAGAAACAUACUGGAUAGCAUUGAAGAUGAACUGGAGGAUAUGGACUAUCAGUCAAUACAUUAACAUCAAUUAUGUGCCUUUACAGUUCCGUGUACUGUUUGCUAGUAUGAUAGCCUUCGUUUGGACUAUCUAUCUAGCUGUAAUGAGGAGAAGAUGAACAAUGAACGAUAGCCUAGUUUAUAGCAGGGUAAUCAAGCCUAAUGACAUCAACGCAAGCCAAUCCUUCAUUUGGUCAAGCAAUCUUCUAUCUAACCUGCCCUGUGAUUGGUCGAUCAACUCAAUCCUGCAGCUUUGAUUCUGAGGUAAAUUACACCGAAGAUCAGCGUGAAUCAUUGCUCUAUUAAUUGAUGUUUUUAUAUAAAAUCAAUGCAUGGUUUCAUUGAAUGCAGAUGGUAUACCUUGAUGUUACAAGGCAAUGGAUGAUUUUGAUAUAUCAGCGUAAUGUUCAGUACUCACUUCUAUGAAUUGCCAUACAUGUAGGUUUCAUACAGGCAUCAUACAAUGUCAAAGUCGGUUGGUUAACCCGUUGACUGCUGUAUUGUGUAAUUCCCAUAGUCUUUUUGCAGGGGUCACCCAAUGCUAGUAGGUAAUUGGUUAAUCGAGUUGGGUAGUUGUUGAAUCAACUGCUCACUUAUGCAGCUUUUUAAUAUCAGUCUGAUUUCUUGAAGUCCAAAUCAGAUUGUGUAAAUAAGUGUUCGAAGCUAAUGUUACAUGCAAUCAAACAUGAUAUAAUAAACUGCAAUGAAACAAGUGAUACAAUUAACUGACUUUUGUUUAGUUUUUUACUAAUCAUAAUUUAAGUUUUUAUUUUGAUGACGAGAUCUCAUUGAGUUUUAACUAGGGUAUACAUGUAUGUUGCAGUUGAUAUGCACACUUGAUACAGAUUCAAUGAUUGAUGAUUGCUACAUAGGGGAAGUUACAAAUUGAUGCACACAUGUGAGAUUUGAUUCUUGGGUCACAUCAUUCCAGUGGUGAUGCUAAAGAUCAGCCCCAGACAUAACACACACUUGUUUGUACUUGCAUGUUAAUUUGUCAUUUGAAGUAUAAAUGGCAUGGCAGAUUGAUUCAUGUAUAGUUCGUACUGCCCUUAUUUUAGAAUUUAUACAUGGUCUACAUAACUUUGUAAUUAGAUACAAAUGAAUUCUACAAAGAAACGCAGUAUGUACUUAAUAACAUGCAUUUUGGCAGGUCUUGCAUAUGUCUUUGUAAUUAUUAUGUCAUACAUAGUGUUAUUCUUCUGAUUUCUAGACCAUGGGGAGUUGUAGUGCUUUUAAUUAAGUUCAUAAUCAAAUGAAUUAACUUCAUAAUUAAUUUGAAUGCUGUAUAGUAUUAUUGAUGUGUUUGGUUUACUAGGUACUUAUUACUAUGGUAACUGAAAAAUGGGAAGCCUACUUGUUAGUGUUGACAACUUCCAUGAAAUUGUCCCCUGGAUUGCUGAUUUUACAUACAUGUAUGUUCUGAGAAAAAUGUCUAGUUUUAAAGUUUGUAUCCUUCUGUGGAAUACACACUUUGAUUGAUCUUUGCUUGAAUCAUCCAAGUAAUAGAUUUUCAAGUAAUAAUAUAAACCCUUAUAACCCUAAUGUUAUUAUAUGAAUGUGAUUGUUAUUUGCCUCUGUUUUUCUAUAAAGCCAAAGUCAUUUUGUGAUUAACAAACAACCACUGCUCGCUCAUGGUGGGUUGUAUACUGUAGUCUGACUAAGGAACAGAGUAUGCAGAUGCCAUAGGGGCCUGUUGCAUAAAAUUGCAAGUGAUGGUAACUGUCAUGAACGGUAACUUAAUGAAAUCUGGAAUUUGAUUGGACAUUUAUGUUUAAGAUUAAUUCAUGAGUGAGAACUGGUCUCGUAUUGUCAAAAUUCAAUCAAAAUACUCUUGUGUGAGAUCAUCUUAUAUUCCACUGUUGUUUUCUUGUAUUUUCAGUUCAAUAAUUCAAUUGAUCAUGUAAACCCUCAAUACCCUACAAUUCUAUGGUAAUCUAUGCAAGGAGCCCCCUGCAUUGAAGUUUACAUUAUGUUGUAUAAUGUAUAGAAAAAAAAACAUACAUUGGAGUUUUUGUAAUAUCGUUGCCCAGACCUCAAAUAUAUUUCAGACAUAAUAAAUUUUGUUCAAUUGUCACGAUCAAAAUAUUAUGACAUUCCAGUUGAGAAAGUAGUUAAAUACUGUAUAUGAAGCACCAACUCUCCCACUUCUGGUUACUGAAACUUACAUUUAAGUAGGUUUCCAUGGUAGUUGCUAUUGAUGGCCGAGUUACAAUUAAGGCAUCAUGCAACGAGACCCUGAAUAUUAUCUGCAAUGAAUAUAGUUUAACCACAUUUCUAUUCAUUUUCUGAGAAAAUGUGUCGCUAUUUACCUACUCAAUGCUUUACAUAAUGUAUGAGAAUGGAGGAAAAUAAAAAGUAUUUUUGUACUUCAUGAAAAAUAUGAUUAAAAAGUGCAUAUAACAUA